AUGGGUGUGUCUUUGCCGGGCGUGCAUGUGGACGUGGGUCUCAGUUGUGGGAUAACAGGUUACAGUGGUUCCAAAGGCGAACAGGACCAGACGAAAAAAGGCUUCGGUCCGAUACCAAUCGGAGGUUAUACAGUAUCAAAUAGUUGCGAUAAAGCGGGUGAGCGAUGCAACCUAAAACCAGAUACAAGUAACAAUAUGUUUGGUCGUUCUGCAUUUCAAAUUCAUGGUGAUAACAAAAAAGGAGACGGUUCGGCUAGUCACGGCUGUAUUAUUUUGAAUGCAGGAGACAGAAGUGGAUUAAAGAAAGGUGACAAAAUUAAAGUGACAAAAUGA